GACAGCAUAGCAACACGAGCCCUAUAAAGACGGAGGCACACCCUGCCGGCAGCUUCAGUUAAGCUCUCCUCUCAGACAGCAGCAGCAGCAGCAGCAGCAGCACCUUGCAGUAAUCAUGCUCAGCCUCAUGAAAUUACCGCGAGUCUUCACCAUCAAUCAAGUGCCCAAAGUUUUCCAUGAGGACAGCAUCAUCUCCGGCUACCGACACCCCCGCAGUUCAGCCACUGACUGCAUCCUGAGCCUCUUCCAGCUGACCAAUGAGACGCUCAACAUCUGGACCCACUUUCUGCCCACCUGGUACUUCCUAUGGAAACUAGUGACGGUGGUUCUGAUUCAGACAGCCUGGCAGGACUCCUUUACCUGGCCUCUGCUGGUCUUCCUGCUCUCCUGCUGCAUUUAUCCGCUGGCGUCGAGCUGCGCUCACACCUUCAGCACCAUGUCGGCGCGGGCUCGCCACAUCUGCUUCUUCUUUGACUACGGUGCCCUCAGUUUCUACAGUCUGGGGUCGGCAAUCACCUAUUCAGCUUAUGUUUUCCCGGACAAGUGGGUGAACAGCUUCUUCCACCGGUGCUACGUUCCCAUCGCUGUGCUCAACACUGUCAUCUGCACCAGUGUGGCCUGCUACUCCAGGCUUGGCUUACCAUUUCUGCAAUAUAAUCAUGACAUCGUAAAGAGAUUCCCUGAAUGCCAGAGUCCCAAGUUCAGCAAAUAUCUCCGUGUUGUGGCCUUUGCCUACCCUUACCUGUUCGACAACAUUCCUCUGUUCUAUAGGGUAUUUCUGUGUGUAGGGGAGGGCUGUACAGACAAUGAAACAAACAUCCUCCACUACAACCACAUCGCCUUGGCUCUCCUCACAGGCUUCCUGUUCGCCACACAUUUACCUGAGCGCCUGGCACCUGGGAGCUUCGACUACAUAGGUCACAGCCAUCAACUCUUCCACGUGUGCGGCAUCCUCGGCACCCACUUCCAGAUGAAGGCCAUUGAACAGGACAUGGUGACACGGCGCCCAUGGCUCCUUGAACAAUCCAUACCCAACACGUUCGCCAACUCUCUGGGUGCAGCGCUGUUCUGCGUGGUGGUGAAUUUGACUAUCAUCAUCCUCUACAGUCUACCUCUCCUCUCUGCCCCAGUCUGCCCAGAAAAGAAACACGAUAAUGGUCCAAAGAAAGCCUCCACCAAGGUCUGCCCCUGCUGGUAAAUCGGCUGAGGGAUCCCAGCUGGUCACGAGACCUACAGACAUGUGAGAAAAGUGCAUUAUGGGUGAAAACAUUGUAAGAAACACUCCUGAGCUACAGGAGCUGGUGUGAUGUUGAAGUGAAUUAUAACUUGCAGUCUGCACUAAACUCACGGUGGUAUUUUUCAGAGAUCACUAUGAUGUGACUGCUGCUAGAUGGAUGGGUACAAAAAAAAGGGCAUAAGCUGCACAAACAACACAUACAAUGCAACUUUAACAAAAUACGUAUGUAUAUGAAUCUAAAUGUUUCUGAGGAAACUAAACAAACAAAUGUAGCCAGUUAGCUACAUUAUGAGGCAGUGUUCAUAUUGUUUAUAAAUCUUUUUUUUACCUUAAUUCUCUGAUUUCCACAUGUGGGAAAUGAAGAGGAGGAACAGCAAUUGUGUGAAAUUUAAAAUGCUAAUUUUACUUUGAAUUUAAAAUGAAAGUGCUGAAUUUAGACACUUAUAGAGCUUGUGCUUGUACACAAACCUGUUGGACUGAUCAUGUUCAGUAAAAGCAGUGUGACUGGACAUCGCUCACAUGAAACGUCAAGACAAGAGACAGUUAUGAUAAGGGAAGAAAAUAGCUUUGCUCAUGAGUUUGAGCUGCCUGCAAAGUGGAGUUACUGUUCAGUUAUGUAAUACAGAGUAAAUGUUUUCAGAGUUACCGUAUUUCCCUCAUAUGAUUGCUGUUUAUGAUCUGUUAGACCUGUAUGAUGUGUCACAUUGUUACGUUAAUUUAAAACUGAGAGUAUUUAUGUGCAAUGUUAUUUAUUAUGAUUUUUCAAAUAAACUAUUU